GAGAAGACAGAUAGAACACGAUCGUAUCAGUCGUCUUAGCAGGAGCCUUCCAACAUGUUGAUAAUCAUUCUGCCAUAUCUGUUGGCGACACGCGUGCCCGGCCGCGAGAACGCGUACCACGACGAUUCCGACUGGCAACGUUACGGCCCCGAAUGCACUUACGACGUGUUGGUGAACAUGUCCCUGUCCAACAUCGUGCACGACGAGGACACGAUCUGCUCCAUGAUCGCGUCCGAGCUCAAGUGUCGAACGAAAGGAAGCGACACGUUGAACUGCCAUUUCUCGAACGGAAGGAUAGUGAGACCGGAUCCCAAGAACGAGAGAUGCUCGAACGCGAGAAAUUUCGUCCCGAUAGGCGACAGAUUCGUGGACGAGGAACCGUUCGAGAUCAGGUUCAACGCGAGAGGUAUAGAGAAUCUGGUCGUGUCGAGGGAUAUAGCCAGGUGGAGGUUGGACAUGAUGAGGGCGAUUGUCGGUCAGCUUAACAUUGGCUUCGAGCUAACGGCGGAGAAGGAGCACGAUCGGUUCCUCACCAUGGAGAACUCCAGCAUCGGUUACUGCGAGGUGGAGGUGAAGGUGUCGAGGGCGGGAUACGGGGAGGAGAGCGAUGAGAAGUUCGAGAUCAUGUUGGAGCCCGAACGGGCAGGCAUGGUGCCAUUGAGCAGGGGAAGUAUUCGAAUCGAGAAGGUGAGAUAUCCGAAGAGGUGCCCGAACAGGAAGAUCUACUUCUUUGGAAAUCACGAGGAUUUUAGCUUUGGCAGGAGGGAUAUUUUCAUGGACAUGACCACGUCUGUCAGUCGUAUAUACAUCUCGCGGAAGGGGAUAAUUUCGUUCACGGAGUCUACAGGCGUGAUGAGAACGUUGAACAGACCUAGAACGAUGAAUUUGCAUCAGAAGAUCAAUUUGUCUUUGAAAAGUAUAAAUUUUGCCCGAAUUCCAAUCCGGGAAAUCGUGAACCCAGCGUCUACUAGCUUGUACGCGUACACCAAUUUGGAGCGAAUUCCCGAGUAUAAAUGAACAUUUGUCUUUAACAAAUGAAUUUGUAACACGAAAUGUACGUUUAG